UCUAUCGCCGUGUUGAUAUGCAGGCGGCGCGUGCGGGUACGGGACGCUGGUGGACGUGGUGCCGAUGAAGGCGCGCGUGGGCGCGGUGAGCCCCGUGCUGUUCAAGUCCGGCGAGGGCUGCGGCGCCUGCUACAAGGUCCGGUGCCUCGACCGCGGCAUCUGCUCGCGCCGCGCCGUCACGGUCAUCGUCACGGACGAGUGCCCCGGCGGCGUCUGCGCGGGGGGCCGCACGCACUUCGACCUCAGCGGCGCCGCGUUCGGCCGCCUCGCCGUCGCCGGCGCCGGCGGCCAGCUGCGCAACCGCGGCGAGAUCAACGUCGUGUUCCGCAGGACGGCGUGCAGGUACGGGGGCAAGAACAUCGCGUUCCACGUGAACCAGGGCUCCACCGGCUUCUGGCUCUCCCUCCUGGUGGAGUUCGAGGACGGCGACGGCGACAUCGGAUCCAUGCAGCUCAAGCAGGCAAACUCGGCGCAGUGGCAGGACAUGCAGCACAUCUGGGGGGCACGUGGAGCCUAACUCCGGGCCCGCUCGUCGGUCCCUUCUCCGUGAGGCUGACGACCCUGACCAGCAAGCAGACGCUGACGGCCCAGGACGUCAUCCCCAAAAACUGGGCCCCCAAGGCCACGUACACCGCGAUUUUUUCUUUUUUAUAUAAAAAAAUCAAAAUUUUAAAAAUAUAUGUCCGUUUCGAAAAUUUUCGAAAAUAUA